CCCUACUGUUGCCUUUAAAAUUAAAAUUAAUAUUUCAGUUAAGAUAUUUUUAGCGAUUGUUUUAUCAGGAAAUAUUAAUAUCAAUAAUGAUGCGAGAGGUGAUAAAGCAUUCGCAAAUGGAACUACAGAUGAUCGUGUUCCAUUCAUUACCAAUGUCAUAAAUUUCGGGCUAGAUGGA